AAAAUAUAAAUUGGAAAAGAAAGUUGGAACGAACUUUACUAGAGGAGAAAGACAGCGAGAAGGGCAGAGGAUCGGGUUCUCUCUUCGACUCUCGCGGCAGCGGCGGCGAAGAGCGGGGCGGCGCAGCGAUGGCGUCCUCGUCGGCGGGCAGCGGGCUGACCUUCAAGCUCCACCCGCUGGUGAUCGUCAACAUCUCCGAUCACCACACCCGUGUCAAGGCCCAGACUCAUCACACUGAUGAUGGUAGCGGAAGCAGCGGCGGCAGCGGCGGUGCUGCGACUGCGGUCCGCGUAUUCGGAUGUGUCAUCGGCGUCCAGAGAGGCCGAACUGUCGAGAUCUUCAACAGCUUCGAGCUCCUCUACGACCCCCUUACCCACUCCCUGGACCGCUCCUUCCUCGAGAAGAAGCAAGAGCUCUAUAAGAAGGUAUUUCCUAACUUCUAUAUACUGGGUUGGUAUUCAACGGGUAGCGAAGCACAAGAAUCAGAUCUGCAGAUCCAUAAAGCUUUGAUGGACAUUAAUGAGAGUCCAGUUUAUGUUCUUCUAAAUCCUGUGAUAAACCAUUCUCAAAAGGAUCUUCCACUUACCAUCUAUGAAAGUGAGUUGCACAUUAUUGAUGGAAUCCCACAGCUCAUAUUUGUUAGAUCAAGUUACACUAUAGAGACUGUUGAAGCAGAGAGAAUUUCAGUGGACCAUGUGGCACAUCUAAAACCAUCUGAUGGUGGAUCUGCUGCAACUCAAUUGGCUGCUCAUCUUACUGGCAUACACAGUGCUAUUAAAAUGCUGAAUAGCAGGAUCAGAAUCAUUCAUCAGUAUCUUGUUGCUAUGCAAAAGGGUGAAGUCCCUCUGGAUAACUCAAUUCUCAGACAAGUCUCGAGUCUACUGAGAAGACUGCCAGCCAUGGAAUCAGAGAAGUUUCAGGAUGAUUUCUUGAUGGAGUACAAUGAGACUCUUCUUGUAGCAUACCUUGCCAUGUUGACCAAUUGUUCGAGCACCUUGAAUGAUCUGGUUGAUAAAUUCAACGCCAUCUAUGAUAGACACACCAAAAGAGGCGGCCGGACUGCCUUUAUCUAGUUUUACUUUGGCAUUUCCUCUGCAAAUGCUCAAUGGUUUUCAAUCAUUUGAUGGAUGUAGAGUUGGGAUUUUGUUACCCCCAACUUGUUUCUUAAGAGAAAAAGGGUUAUUUCAUUUAUGAAACUCUAGAAGAGGUACAAAAUCUCAUUAUUUUUCUUUGCACACUUUGAGUGUCAGGCGAAUUGAUAA